AUGGCUGUUGCAAGACAGAAAGAGCAAAAGCGUGAGAAAGGGAGCCAGCAAGAGAGCGCGAACGAGAGAGCCAGGAAGAGAGCGCGAGAGAGAGCCAGAGCCAGCGAGAGCGCGAGUGAGAGCCAGAGCCAGCAAGAGAGCGCGAGUGAGAGCCAGAGCCAGCAAGAGAGCGCGAGUGAGAGCCAGAGCCAGCAAGAGAGCGCGAGUGAGAGCCAGAGCCAGCAAGAGAGCGCGAGUGAGAGCCAGAGCCAGCAAGAGAGCGCGAGUGAGAGCCAGAGCCAGCAAGAGAGCGCGAGUGAGAGCCAGAGCCAACAAGAGAGCGCGAGUGAGAGCCAGAGCCAGCAAGUGAGCGCGAGUGAGAGCCAGAGCCAACAAGAGAGCGCGAGUGAGAGCCAGAGCCAACAAGAGAGCGCGAGUGAGAGCCAGAGCCAGCAAGAGAGCGCGAGUGAGAGCCAGAGCCAACAAGAGAGCGCGAGUGAGAGCCAGAGCCAACAAGAGAGCGCGAGUGAGAGCCAGAGCCAGCAAGAGAGCGCGAGUGAGAGCGAGAGCGCGAGAGAAAGCUAA